AUGGCUGAAGCACAAAUUAGAGCUUUAAAAUGUAAGCGAGGUGCAGCAAAGCGUUCAUUAACUAUGUUCGAAAAUUUCUUAAAACGGUUUAAUCCGGACAAAGACUUUCCAGUCUUAAAUAAAAGAUUCUCUGAAUUAGAGAAACCCCGCGAAAUCUUUCUAGAAUACCAAAAUGAAUUAGAAUUAUUAGAAGGUGGAGAGGACGAAGGAAAACUGGCCGAAGUUCAUCAGCAUAAAGUUCAAUUCGAGGAAGCCUAUUUCGAAUCAUACAAGAUCGCGCAUAAGCAUUUGUUUCCAGGACCUACAAGUUCUGCUCCAACCGCAUCCUCCAUUCCGAAAAUUUCUAUUUUUAAUCCACUAAUUAUAUCUGCUAAUUUAAAUCAAUUGCCAGCAAAUAUCAAUCCUGGUUCGCCGGGUGAUCACGAACAAAUUUCAAUGCAAUCUCAGACGCGUGAAUUAACUUCUCCGGGCAUUCAUGAACAAAUCGCACAUCAAAAUCAAGCGUGUGAAUCCUUUCCUCUGCCCGCUACUGAGCAAAUUUCACAUCACAAUCAAACACGCGAAUCAUCUGCUCCGCAUUCAGACCACUCCGUCAUCGCCACACCAAGUUAUUAUAACCCCAACUACUUCGGUUUGCCUUCUGUGGAAGUGCCUAAAUUCGGUGGGGCCUUCGACGAAUGGAUAGGUUUUCAUGAUUUAUUUGAAUCCUUUAUCCAUGGAGAUAAAAAUAUUCCCCCGAUUCGUAAAUUGUAUCAUUUAAAAAGCUGUUUGGUAGGAGAAGCGGCUAGUGUAAUCUCUUCCAUCGAAGCCUCAGCUCAAAAUUAUGAGCUGGCUUGGAAUUUACUAAAAGAUCGUUAUGAUAACAGUAAGCUAAUGCGGGAAAAAUAUAUUCAAGCAAUACUGGACAUUUCUCAAAUAUCAAAAGAGUUUUCAACGCAAGCUUUCGUGGAUCAUUUACAAAAAAAUUUGCGUGCUCUCAAAACUUUAGGAGAGCCUAUUGAUGGGUGGUACUCCAUUCUGGUGGUUAUUCUUCGUAAUAAAUUAACAAAUUCGCUUCGUGAUCGAUGGGAGGAACAUAGCAAUAGCUAUCCUAAUCCCACCAUCGAUCAAUUCUCAGGCGUAUAG